ACCAAGUUCCGUUGGGGUUCAGAUGAGUUCCUGGCGGGGAUAAACGGCGGAAGAGAGCCCAAGCUACGAGCAAACCAUGGAACCCGAGCAACCUCAUCUCCACCACCACCACCACCACCCACACCUCCAUAUUCAUCCCCACUGCGCCUACCACCAUCUCCUCCACUUCCACUGUUGCAGGUCCACACCCCACAUCCAUUUCCACCACCACUGCCCUAACCUCUCUCCGCUUCCAUCCUUUGGGUUCCCUCAUCGGCCUCCCCCUUUUCCUAUUAGAUCCAUCUCGGAGGAACCAAUUGUUUCAGCUGUUGAUCAUCCGACUACCAUGAGGGAGGGUUUAAGUUUGCAGAAGCAAGAGUUUAACGAGGACUUGCAAUUAGAUGAUGAAGACGAAGAGGUUGAAUUUGUUUUGACUGAUGAAUGGAGGGAAUUCUUCGCAAAAUCUGAAGCUAAACGGAGAGCCGAUAAACAGCGGAAACAAAAGGCUAGAAAUAGGAAGUGAAUUUCCAGACAUUGUUUUGCAAGUCUGUUUUUGUUGAUGGCCAAGGAUUGGAUACAGCUAUUGAGUUGAAAUCAGGAACUUUACCUUCUCACAAACAACAUUUUCAUGCUGCCUGGAGUUUGUUAUAUUUGUAUCAGACCACAUUCAAUGCUC